GCUCCUUAAGCCAUAAAAUCUGAACGCGUUUCAAUGUCAUAAUGAGAAACUACAAUAAGUAUCAAUUAAUGUCAAACCCGUAUUUCCGCUUUUCUAUCUUUUUUACAAUUCGCCUCUCAAGUAAAUAGUAGGCAAAAUGUCGUUAGUAAUCCCAGAGAAAUUCCAACAUAUUCUUCGUAUUAUGGGUACAAAUAUUGAUGGCAAACGCAAAGUUACCAUCGCUAUGACAGCUAUUAAGGGUGUUGGACGUAGAUACGCUAAUAUUGUUUUGAAAAAAGCCGAUGUUGAUCUCACUAAAAGAGCUGGAGAGUGUACAGAAGAGGAGGUAGAGAAAAUUAUUACAAUAAUUUUGAACCCAAGACAGUAUAAAAUCCCUAAUUGGUUUUUGAACAGACAAAAAGAUAUAAUUGAUGGUAAAUAUACGCAACUAACUUCUUCGAAUUUGGAUUCUAAACUUCGAGAAGAUUUAGAAAGAUUGAAAAAAAUUCGCGCACAUCGUGGAAUGCGUCAUUUUUGGGGUCUCCGUGUCCGUGGUCAACAUACAAAAACAACAGGUCGCCGCGGUAGAACUGUGGGUGUAUCGAAGAAAAAAUAAUUUAUGUAAGCUGCUUAUUUGUAUUCAAUAAAAUGUGAAAACAAUUUAAAGUGAA